CAAAGUGAAGAGGGGGAUAACGACGGUGAUUCGGAGGCGGAGGAGAUGGUGCGGAAGGCGAAGGUAGAGUUCGAUGAGACCCCUCCUGAAAUCGAUCUGAACAAUCCCUACGCGGAUCCGGUGGCGUUCCUCGAUUACAGGGAGCACCUGGUGCGGGAGAAGUGGAUCCAGAUCGAGACUGCUAAGAUCAUCCGGGACCGCCUCCUCUGGUGCUACCGCGUUGAAGGGAUCAACCACAAGCAGAAGUGCCGUCACCUCGUCGAAAAGUACCUUGAUUCCACUCGCGGAAUCGGCUGGGGCAAGGAUGCUCGCCCCCCUGAAUUCCACGGUCCAAAGAAAACUUCCGAGUAGGGCCGCUGUUCCUCUUCAAGGUUUACUCAGUCGGAGUAACAACAGACGACACUGGUUCAAUCUCUACUGCAUUUCUUCUUUGACUUGAGAUUUCGCCCAUAAUCUGCUUAAUACUCUGGAGAUGAAUUAUAAUAAUGGAUGACUUGUAGUUGAAUACUUUGGUUUAUGUCCUUGUAAAAGCAAAACUCGCUUGUUCAAGUUGCCUUGCAUCCAAAUAUUUCUGUGCUCUACAUUUCCUGGAAA